AUGUAUAUUAAGCUUGCGAUCAUUUCUAUUGUUAUUGUUAUAGCAUUCCCAUAAACCACUGGUUAGGAUUGUACUUAAUUGAGUUGUAUAGCUACAGGAGCAUUAAAAUAAGAAUACACAUAAAGAGUGCCAUACAAGUGUAUGGAAGGUAUAUUAUAGAGUUAUGUAUUUGUAUAGGAUAUUAUUGGGCAGGAUAAUCAUGCUAACCUUGUUAACCAAUUUAAGGUGGACAUUAUGCUUGUUCAUCUUAUUGGGGGACAGGUACAUUGUAUUGUUUACCAGGAUGGACAAUCCUAAAUGGGUAAAUAUCAUAAUAUCAUCAUUAGGGUUUGUGUAAAUAUGCCCAAUGGUUGCUUAACUUAUUAAUUAAAUCAAGAAUAGAAUGCUUAUGUGUGUAGUUCUUGCGAUACUGGGUUCACUUUGAUUUCAGGACUGUGUGUAGAGAAUAAAGGAUGCGCUAUAUACAGUAGCACUCGAUAUUUAUGUACAUAAUGCGAGUAAGGAUAUUACUUGAAUUGGGAUUACAUACCAAACAUAUCAACUGUUAUUGAAGAUUAUUAUAAUUAUUUCGAUAGUUUCUGUAGUCCUUGUAGUAUUCAAGAUUGUGGAAAUUGCCCAUCAGCGUAAGAAUUUGUUUAAUAUAUAGAAACACUUGCACUUAAUGUAAAGCAGGAUACUUCUGGUCAUUUAGUGGAUUGAGUUCAGACUCUGUAACAUCAGGAUCAGGAAUAUGUUAAAAAUGUUUAGAUUAUUGCUUAAAAUGCACAAACAAUUCUAAUUGUACUUAAUGUGCAGAUGGUUAUUAUAUUAAUACAAUUAAUGGUCUCACAACAUGUUCUUUAUGUACUAUAUCCUCCUAUUGCAUGAAAUGCACCAAUGGAAUAACUUGUACUUAGUGUUUAAAUGGUUAUUCUUUGAUAAACUAAGCAACCUGUGAAAAACUUUAUGAAGGAUGUAAUUCGAUGGAUAACAAUAAGAAUUGUUCAUCUUGUUAAAGUAAUUAUGUAAUAAAUGCUCAAACUCCUAAAACUUGUACUUAAUGUGGAUUAGGCUGUAAAACUUGUUAAUUAAUUAAUAAUUUAACAAGUUGCACUGCCUGCUAAGAAUUCUAUUAUGCAACUUAAAACUCUAAUGGUAUAGUAACAUGUGUAGAAUGCAAAUCCUACCCAUAAUCUACUGGUUGGUUAAGAUGUGGAGGUCCAUAUGACAAUCCAUCAUAUACAACAGUUUAAGUGAGUUAAUGUUAUGAUGGUUAUUUUCUAGUAAAUAUAACAUCAAACAAUAUUAUUACUCCUACUUGCAUAGCUGCAAUUCCCGCAUCAGCUUGUUUAACACUAACUUCAAUAUCUACUAAUACAAAUAAUAUUUGUGCUACAUGUAUUCCUAAUUUUGAUCCUUAUAUGGAUGGAACAUGUUUAUCUUGUCCUCCUUAAGGAGGAUCCAAAAUAUAACUUUCCAAGUAUUGUAAUAAAUGUGGAGGAACUUCAACUACAAACAUUUCUUGUGAGGGAUGUACUUAAAAAUUUUUCCUUCAAGCUGCUAAUUCAGCUAAUUCAGCCACUUGUGCUAUAUGUUCUUCUAGUGGUGGAUGUCUUGAAUGUGAAUCUAAUCUAAAUUGCAUUAAAUGUGAUAUUGGUUUUUAUAAAACUGAAAGCUCUAGUAAUUCACUAUGCUAGCCUUGUCUCAAAAAUUGUGCUGUUUGUACUGAUUCUAAUGUACACAAUAUUUAUGAUUUUUUUAGAAAUGCUCGACAUGUAUGGAUGGUUAUUUUGCUUAUAAUGGUAUAUAAACUCCAUAGUCAUUUUGUGUGGCUUGUUAAUUUGGGUGNUAGAGAAUAAAGGAUGCGCUAUAUACAGUAGCACUCGAUAUUUAUGUACAUAAUGCGAGUAAGGAUAUUACUUGAAUUGGGAUUACAUACCAAACAUAUCAACUGUUAUUGAAGAUUAUUAUAAUUAUUUCGAUAGUUUCUGUAGUCCUUGUAGUAUUCAAGAUUGUGGAAAUUGCCCAUCAGCGUAAGAAUUUGUUUAAUAUAUAGAAACACUUGCACUUAAUGUAAAGCAGGAUACUUCUGGUCAUUUAGUGGAUUGAGUUCAGACUCUGUAACAUCAGGAUCAGGAAUAUGUUAAAAAUGUUUAGAUUAUUGCUUAAAAUGCACAAACAAUUCUAAUUGUACUUAAUGUGCAGAUGGUUAUUAUAUUAAUACAAUUAAUGGUCUCACAACAUGUUCUUUAUGUACUAUAUCCUCCUAUUGCAUGAAAUGCACCAAUGGAAUAACUUGUACUUAGUGUUUAAAUGGUUAUUCUUUGAUAAACUAAGCAACCUGUGAAAAACUUUAUGAAGGAUGUAAUUCGAUGGAUAACAAUAAGAAUUGUUCAUCUUGUUAAAGUAAUUAUGUAAUAAAUGCUCAAACUCCUAAAACUUGUACUUAAUGUGGAUUAGGCUGUAAAACUUGUUAAUUAAUUAAUAAUUUAACAAGUUGCACUGCCUGCUAAGAAUUCUAUUAUGCAACUUAAAACUCUAAUGGUAUAGUAACAUGUGUAGAAUGCAAAUCCUACCCAUAAUCUACUGGUUGGUUAAGAUGUGGAGGUCCAUAUGACAAUCCAUCAUAUACAACAGUUUAAGUGAGUUAAUGUUAUGAUGGUUAUUUUCUAGUAAAUAUAACAUCAAACAAUAUUAUUACUCCUACUUGCAUAGCUGCAAUUCCCGCAUCAGCUUGUUUAACACUAACUUCAAUAUCUACUAAUACAAAUAAUAUUUGUGCUACAUGUAUUCCUAAUUUUGAUCCUUAUAUGGAUGGAACAUGUUUAUCUUGUCCUCCUUAAGGAGGAUCCAAAAUAUAACUUUCCAAGUAUUGUAAUAAAUGUGGAGGAACUUCAACUACAAACAUUUCUUGUGAGGGAUGUACUUAAAAAUUUUUCCUUCAAGCUGCUAAUUCAGCUAAUUCAGCCACUUGUGCUAUAUGUUCUUCUAGUGGUGGAUGUCUUGAAUGUGAAUCUAAUCUAAAUUGCAUUAAAUGUGAUAUUGGUUUUUAUAAAACUGAAAGCUCUAGUAAUUCACUAUGCUAGCCUUGUCUCAAAAAUUGUGCUGUUUGUACUGAUUCUAAUGUACACAAUAUUUAUGAUUUUUUUAGAAAUGCUCGACAUGUAUGGAUGGUUAUUUUGCUUAUAAUGGUAUAUAAACUCCAUAGUCAUUUUGUGUGGCUUGUUAAUUUGGGUGUGCCACUUGUACAACACCUGGAAAUCUCUGUCUGACUUGCAUUGAUGGUUAUAUUCUCUAAAGUGGCGGAUGUGUUCCUCUUAAUCAAGCUAAUUGUGCCUAUAAACUUAAUUCUACUUAAGCAAUUCUUCAAACAUAUAGUUCCAAUGGUUGCAGCAUUUGCAAAUAUGGAUUUCAUAUGAUUUCUAAUCGCUGUUUUUAAUCUGUGUAACCUUAUGCUGGAGUAUCUUUAUAAUUUAUUUUAGUUUGCUUAUAUGUAAAUUAGCCAAUAAAUUAUUGGUAAUAUUACGCAAACAUACCAAAUUAUUUUGACAUCUAUGAUCAUAAUUUUGCAUUUUAUUUUUUGA